AUGGCCCGCCGCCUUCGGCGCUUGCGCUCAAUUGCAGUACUGGUGGCCUUGGCUCCCCUGGCAGUGGCAUGGCUUGGUCCCAGUGCGCGGACGCCACGGGUUGCGCGACGUGCAGCUGACGCAGCGGUUGUCAACCCUGGAGAGGCUGUUGGGCGCUGGUGGAAUGAGACAUACGAGUUUUGGGAAGCGCUCGAGAUCUGGAAUGCUCCCAGCUUGCAAGAGGACAAGCGGUCUGAGGCUGUCGAGCUUUCACAGUUGUUGCAGAAGGUGAACGCCACUGCUCUUAAAGCCAACGCCCAGACUGGCGUGGCAAAGACACAGACCCGUGAGGACCUCUCCAAGCUGCUAGAACUCUUGCCGGCCGUCACACUCGCAUACUACCGGAUGCGCUUCACCAGUGUCUUUGACAAGGCCCCGGUCAAGCGCGGACUCUCCAGCACUGCGGUCUACGCCAACCUCGCCUUGCUGGCAGUGUUUGUGCGCGUGGUUGCGCCGCGGUUGCUGGCAGCUGAUAAUUUGGAUGAGUUUUUCGAGGCUGUGCAGCCUUUGGGUGUCCCUGAUCGCGCAUCCUUGAUGGGUAUUCUGCAGUCAAUUGCUGCCUAUGACACAGCGACGAAGGUUGGGCUGUAUGUGCUGGCGUUCGUGGCUGAAAAGCUGUUCAUGUUGACAGAGUUCCUGCCCAUCCAAAUUGCGCUGAAAACGAUGGCGCCCAUUAUCUUUGGAGGCCUAGUGCAGGGUGCAAUUGCCUCAGCAGCAACGGAAACCUUGGCCGCUGCCUCCAACUUCCUCAUUGGCCGAUCAUUUUUGGCGGAUGGGCUGCGGGGCUUCUCCGUGUUCGGCAGCGAGCCGGUGGGGAAGGCCUCCUGGUUCCACUCCCUGGAACGGGCUGCGCAGGAAGAUGGUGCGCGGUUGACGUUGCUGCUUAGACUGGCACCUGUCCUGCCCUUGCCUUUUGACUCUUACUGGUAUUUGUUGGGCGCCCUUGAUGUGGGGCUGGGCGAGUUUGCCGUUGCCCACUUCGCUGGCUGCUUGAAGACGGCAUUCCUGGAUGCGUCCUUUGGGAUGCUGCUGCUGACUUCGGUCGGCAAUGACGGUAGCGCUGUGCAGUCGCAGGCACAGCAAAUUGUGCUGGUCGAGUCUGUCGCUUUUGCAGUGGUUGCGGUACUGGUGAGCACAGUGGCAACGAGGCUGAUAAAUGAGCUUCUAGGCUUGGACAAGGACGCCAAAGAUGAGUCCAAGGAGUCUGCUCGCCCCGUGGAUUAG